AUGCAGAUCUCUUGGGCUGUGUGCUCUGUCUGUGUCUUAAUACAAAUUGAAUUUCAAUCUGUGGAGGGGUGGCAAAUGUUUAAAAAUGAUGCUACAGAAAUCAUUCCUGAGAUCACUGAAAAUACAGAAAUACCAAUGGAGCAGGCUUUCAGCGACAACAACACAAUGAACCAGGCAAAGCAUGGAGGAAGACACAUACAACAAGCUCCAGACCCUAACGAUGCUUCUGACUUUAGCUGCAGAGAAAUGCGAACCAACCGCUAUGUCACAGAGGGGUCUUGCCGCAGCAUCAAACCUGUCAAGGAACUCGUCUGCUCUGGUCAGUGUGUCCCCUCACACCUCCUUCCCAACUCUAUUGGUAGAGGGAAAUGGUGGCGUCAGAAUGCCCUGGAUUAUCGCUGCAUUCCUGAUCACACUCGCACGCAGCGCAUCCAGAUGGCUUGUCCCGAGGAAGAGACUCGGACUUACAAAUUCCGAGCUGUCACGUCCUGCAAAUGCAAGCGCUACACUCGCUACCACAACCAGUCUGAGCUGAAGGACUUCGGCAAGGAAACUGUCAGGCCUCAGAAGAACAAGAAGCCUCGUCUCUCCAGAGCCAGGAGCAGCAAAUCUAACCAGCAUGAGUUAGAAAAUGCUUAUUAG